ACGCGACAGAAACCAGACAGAUUCUGGUUAGCAUUAUUGUGCGCGCCAUGAGUCUGGUUGGCGGUUAUAGUCAACCGGCUUACGCCUCUGCCGACACUGUGUAUACACCAUACUAUCAAACUCGUUACGAAUCAUCAGCUAACGUACCGGAGCAAUCGUACUAUCCGUCAGCCUGGAGUUACAACACGAGCCCAAAUAUGUCACCGGCGAGCACCGAUUACAGCCCGCCACCCGGUUACGUUUCGAGCCCCAAUCAGUUAACCGUGGCACAGAAUGGCAUGAUUGUACAGGAAGAGACUCAGAUACAUCAAGGAGUGCGCGUGGUGAAGAGAAGAGUGACGGCAAACAGGAAGGAAAGAAGGAGGACACUAAGUAUCAACAAUGCAUUCGCAGAGUUAAGAGAUUGCAUUCCAAACGUACCAGCUGAUACGAAAUUAUCAAAAAUUAAAACUUUGAGACUCGCUACUAGUUACAUUGCUUAUCUUAUGGACUUGUUAGCUCAAGAUGAUCCGGGGAGAGCACCGGAAGGUGGUUUCAAAGCGGAACUCACCAAAAAAUUAGAGUCUAGAGAAGAGAGGAGGAGAAAAGAAAUUGCAAACCUCAUAACAGGUAACGGAACAGAAAAGAAAUCGAAAGGAAGAACUGGAUGGCCACAACACGUCUGGGCAUUGGAACUGAAACACGAUCCAUGAACAGAAAGUGCUCUGAAGUGCUCCCGUAUUGCAUACCACAUCUGUAACGUUUAUACACAUCAUUUUCUUUCGUGUUCAAUUAAAUUAUUAUUGUAAUGCCUCGGGUUGAUUUCCAAAAAGUGUAUAAAGAUGAGAGGAGAAAGAAAAUUACGAAAAAAAA